AUGGAUAAUUUUGGAGAAUUCUUAACAAAAAAUCCAAUAGUUAUAGAUAAUGGUUCAGGUACUAUGAGAGCAGGUUUAGCAGGAAACGAUAAACCGAAAUUACAAUUUGAUAAUUAUGUAGGAAGACCAAAAUAUAAAAUGGUAAUUCCAACAAAAUCAUAACCAGAUUAAUAUUUAGGAAAUAUAACAGAUGAAUAAAGGGGGAUGUUAAAAUUAUAAUACCCUAUAAAUCAUGGAUGUAUAUAAAAUUGGGAUGAUAUGGAUCUUAUAUGGAAAUAUUGUUAUUGUGAAUUAUAAGUUUCUUAAAAAGAACACAACUAUUUUUUUGAAAAUUAUAAUACUCCAGCUUUAUUUAUAGCAGUCUAAGGAGUUUUAUCUUUAUUUGCAAGUGGAAAAACUACAGGUAUAAUUAUAGAAAUUGGAGACGGAGUAACUUAAAUAGUUCCAGUUUUCGAAGGAUACUCAUUAUAAUAUGCAUAAUAAAGAAUUGAUUUAGGAGGCAGAAAUAUAACAGAAUAUUUCAAUUAUUUAUUAAGACGUUCAGGAUAUUAUUUUCAUACAUCUGCUGAAUUCGAAAUAAUAAAAAAAAUAAAAGAAAAAAAAUGUUUUGUAAGUCUUGUAAAUUAAGGAGACGAUAAAAAUUAUGAUACUAGAGGAAUAGUAGAUACAGUUACACUUCCAGAUGGUAAUACUAUGACAUUAACAUUUGAAAAAUAAAAAGCCGCCGAAAUUCUUUUUAAUCCAUCAUUAAUAGGAUUAGAAUAUACAUCUAUUUCUGAUUUACUUAUUAGAUCAGUAUAAAAAGUUGAUAUUGAUUUAAGAAAUACUCUAUAUUAAGAAAUAAUUAUUUCAGGUGGUUGCACUAAAUUAAAGGAUUUUCCUAAUAGAUUCUUAAAUGAAGUUAAAAAAAUUGUGCCUAAAUAAUAAAAGGUAAAAGCUUAUUCGCCUGAAAAUAGAGAAGACUUAUGUUGGAUAGGAGGAUCUAUAUUAAGUAACUUGGCAUCAUUUAAAAAUAUGUGGAUUACUAAAAAAGAUUAUGAAGAAUAAGGAGAAAGAGUUUUAUUAAAAAAUUCAUUUUGA